CAGGGCGUGUGCGCUGGCAUGGCGGGGCGCCCGGCCCGCCGCUCCAGAGUCCGGGAGGAGACGGAGGCCCUGCUGCGGCAGGCGGACGACAUCCUCCCGGAGCAGGACGCCGACGAGGAGGACGGCCUCGUGGCCGGCGAGGACGACGACGAGGCCGUGGCCAGGCUGCUGGCCGCACGGAGGCUCCGCCUGCCCACCGUGGAGCGCGUGCGCGUCUACGGCAACCGCAUGGUGCUGGAGCCGGUGGUGCCCGUCGUGCCGCGGGGGCCGCGGGGGCCCAGGACCGCGGGCACUCGAGCACGCGGCCUCCUGACGUUCUGGCGCCGCCUCAAGUGACUCGGCAACGCGGGGCCGCCCGCGCGCGGGGCGGGGUG